AUGGAAUCGCCGACAAGCAUCAUGUGUUCAAAGCUACAUUCGGUAUUCUCACCUUUGAGAAUCACCCCGUCAAGCGAAGCGUCCCCCAGACAGAGGCUUCCACAGGACCAUGUGUCGACCUUCCUCCUCUGCGACUCGGACGAGGAGAGCGACAGUAUCAAGCAGGAACAGGGUCUUGUACAAGAGCAUCCGCAUCAGGGACCGGGCUCUGCGACCGGUACAGCGUCUCCAGACAUCGCGGCUGAAAUCAGGACCGCCUGCUCUGCAGCGGCUCGACAUCAUGGCCCAACAAAGAAGAGCGAGACGAUGUCUUCGCAUAGAGUGGCACACGUCUAUGGAAACGCCUCCGCAGAACAGUCGCUCCAUCUCAGGACAGCCAGCCGCAACGGUGUAAUCAUCGCUAACUCGUUUGACUGGAAUUUGAAUGACCCCUACGCGAGGUAUGCCGAGUGCGGUAUCCCCAGACCAGACUCACCCACUAUAUGA